AUGUCUUCGAGUCAGCUACUACCUCGUAUGAAACGCGAACUAGAAAUACUGGAAUGCGAUCCUCCGCCGGGCAUAGUUUGUUAUCCAAUUGAUGAUAGUUUAUUACACUUUUGUUCACAAAUCAAAGGACCGAAAGAUACACCUUAUGAGGACGGUCUAUUCAAAGUGGAUGUUCAGAUUCCGUCACGCUAUCCUAUGGAACCUCCAAAAAUGCAAUUUAUUACCCCGAUUUAUCAUCCAAACGUGGAUGAUGCAGGAAGAAUUUGUCUUGACAUUCUUAAAAUGCCGCCAAAUGGAUCAUGGAAGCCCUCGUUGAAUAUUUCAACUACUUUGACGUCUUUGAGUGUUUUAAUGGCGGAUCCAAAUCCGGACGAUCCUCUUUUAGUUGAAAUUGCAAGUGAAUUUAAGGAAAACAAAUCUUUAUUUAUUCAAAAGGCGAGACAGGCUACAUUGAAACACGCGAUGGAAGAUAAUAAAUCACUUAAUACGGAGGAUCUUAUCCAAAAACCCGAACAAGCAUCAUCAUCUACCCCUGCAGUUGGUAUGCCGACUUCGUCUUCGUCUUCGUCACAGCCUCAUAUUGAGAAAAAAGUAAUUGUACAAAAAGCUGCGCAAGAAGCGACUUCAGACAAUUUAAAUGAAACUGAAGAAAGAAAUUUUCCUACUGUCACACACAAAAAAAAGAUCCUAUCACUUUCCAAGGUUAAUUCCAAAAUUGAGAAAAAGAAACCUUUGGAACGAAUCUCAACUCAACUUAAAAGUGAUCCUACCGUUUCUACUUCGAUUAUGAUCCCCGCUUUGCCUCUAACAAGUUCUAAGUCGUUACAAGAGGAAAAAGUUGAAAGAGUCGAAAAGAGGAGACCCUUUGGUGACAUUACAAAAAGAUCGAUUAACGUGCCAGCAAAUAUUCAAGCUACGACCAAUCAAACUCAAGUAUCAGCAAACAAUUUGAAUAAAGCCGAAAGAAAACGUAACCUUUUACGAAAGAAACCCAAUGACGUGGCUACAGCAGAAUCUGGUGUGAUUGAAUCAAUUGAAUUAGUAAACUUUAUGUGUCAUAAAUUUCUCAAAGUACCUUUCGGUCCUAAAAUUAAUUUCAUCAUUGGCCACAAUGGAAGUGGAAAAAGUGCCAUUUUAACAGGAAUUACUGUCUGUCUUGGAGGAAAAGCUAAUGUCACAAACCGUGCUUCAAACUUAAAAUCGCUUAUUCGAGAAGGCUCCAAUGUUGCACAAAUUACUAUAAAACUUCGAAAUCGCGGGGAAGAUGCUUUUAAGCAUGAUAUAUAUGGUGAUUCGAUUAUUAUUGAACGUCGUAUUUCUUGUGAUGGGAGUAAUAGAUACAAGAUAAAAACUCAUGAUGGAAAAAGGACCGUCUCUGACAAGAGGGAAGAAUUGAAUGCCAUUCUAGAUCAUAUGGCUAUACAAGUGGAUAACCCUAUGAAUGUGUUGUCUCAAGAUACUGCACGUCAAUUUUUACAUUCAUCGAGCCCUGAAGAUAAAUAUAAGGGAACACAAUUGACCCAAUUAAGUGAAGAUUACGAGCUUAUACGCGAAAGUAUUGAUACUACACAAAAUAUAAUUAAAUAUAAAAAAGAAGUUAUUCCGGAGCUUCUCAAGGAAGCUAGGGAAGCAGAGGCGCGAUAUAAAGAUAUGCAAAAAGCUCGUGAACUUGAGUUGACCGUCGCCUCGUUGAAGAAUCAGAUGGCUUGGGCUCAAGUUGAAGAAAAAGAACAAGAAGUUGCUGAGGCCGAGAGGGUUUCACAACGAGCCAUGAAACGUUUACCAAAUUUACAAGCUGAAUUUGAUGAAAUUAAUACAAUUGUCUUGGAUUUGGAGCAAAAAUAUCAUGAUUUGACAAAUCUUUCUAUUAAUCCUUUGAAAGAGAGAAAAAAUGAAUUAAAUUCUCUCAUUAGAGAUAAGACGAGACAAUUAAAUGAACUAAAGGCAUGUUUGAAGCAAGAUGUUGAGAAACAUCAACACAGAAUAGAUGAGGAAACUCAGAAACUUAAAGAUGUUAAUCGUCAAAAGCGUAAUGACAUAAUGAACGCUAUUAGAACCGCAGAAGAGCAACUUGAAACAUUGGUCGAGGAGCAGAAGCAAUGUAGAUCACAAUUAACUGAGCUUGAAGAAAAAAGUGUUCAUAUUCGCAACCAAAAAUUGUCUUGGGAGGGGGAUCUACGAAGAAACCAAGAAGACAUUGCACGUAAUGAAAAUCUCUUGCACCAAUUAAGGGAGCAGAAGAGUAACAAUCUUAAGAUUUUCGGUCCUACGAUUCCGGAUGUACUUAAUGCUAUUAGUAUAGAGAAAAGGUGGAAUAAGAUACCUGUGGGACCCUUUGGAUUAUAUAUGAAAUUGUUAAAACCUGAUUGGAGUGAUAUUCUUGAAUCUGUGAUUGGUAAUACGUUAAGCACAUUUGCUGUUAAUAACCAUAGAGAUCAAAGGCUUUUAUCGGACAUCUUGAAAAGAUUUAAUUGUAAUUCUCCGAUUAUUAUCGGUGAAGAUGACGAUUUCGAUUACACGCAUGGAGAACCUGAUAGGCGAUUUCUUACUAUCUUACGCGCAUUACAGAUAACUGAUAACAAUGUUAAACGCCGUCUUAUCAACAAUAAUCGCAUUGAAUCGAUUAUUCUUGUUGAAAAACGUGCGGAGGCCGAUAUGAUUAUGCAUAAUAACGGGAGAGGGUUCCCUCAUAAUGUUGAGGGAUGUUAUACAAUCGAUGGAUAUAAAGUUGGUCAUAAAGGCGGUGGUUUCUCAACACAAUCUAUCAAUAGAUACAGAGGACCAGCAAGGUUUAAACAAGAUAUUGAUGGUCAAAUUCGAGAUGCAGAAAGGAAAUUAUCGGAUUCUAAAGAGACGAAUAGACGUUACAAGGUUGAAUUGGAAAGAGCUGAAUGUGAAUUGAAUAAACGUAAAAUCCAAGAAGAUCAUCGUAAAGCAAAAGAAUUAAAUAAUCUAAUUUUACAAUUAAAAGAAGAUUUACAGCAAGAUGAACCAGCAAAUAUUGCUGCCCUUGAAGAAGUCAAAAAAGAAACUGAGCGUGAAAUUGAAAUGUACAAGAGACAAUACGCCAAUAUUCAACGAAAAAGAUUACAAUUAACCGAUGAACAUGAACCUUUAGUGAGUGAAUUCGAAGAUAUUCAGCAAAGGCUGGAUGCAUUAUCAAGUGAAGCCGAAGGUCUUGGUGCUAAUAUUGAAGAAAAUGUUCGAACACGAGUAAAGAGUGAAAUGAAUAAGAAACAUUGGGAAAAUAAAUUAACAUUAGAAAAAGAGAACAUUGCCACUGCUUCAUCUGAAGUUGAAAAGAAAAAUCAAGUUCUUGAGGAAUGGACAAGGUUAGCGAGAGAUUAUUGUCCUGAACGAGUUGAAGUAACUAAGCCAGCACAUGAACUAGAUCGUGAGAUAAAACAAUUUCAAGCUCGACUGAGAGAGAGAGAGAAGAAACACGGUGCAAGUCUCGAAGAUAUCGCAUCUGCUAUGUCAGCUACGUGCGAUGCCUAUCGUAAUGCGAAACAAGAAGUAGAACAUAUGGAGAUAUUCGUCAAAGAUCUCAAAUCUGCCUUGCAAGAUCGUAUGUCCAAGUGGCGUAAUUUUAGAACAUUUAUUGCCGUUCGUGCUAGGAUACAAUUUUCAUAUCAGCUAUCUAAACGAGGUUAUUCAGGAAAAUUAAUGUUUGAUCAUCCAAAUAAAAAAUUGUCCCUACGAGUUCAAAUUAAUGACCAAAUAGGUCAUGGUAGCGAUAAAGACCCAAAAUCUUUAUCUGGUGGGGAAAAAUCAUUUUCUACCAUUUGUUUAUUGUUAGCUCUUUGGGAAGCUAUGGGAUGCCCUAUUCGAUGUCUUGAUGAAUUCGAUGUUUUCAUGGAUGCUGUUAAUCGUAGGAUAAGCAUGAGAAUGAUGAUCGAAACAGCGCGUGAAGCGGAUUGCACACAAUAUAUCUUAAUUACUCCACAGGACGCGAGCAGCGUUUCACCUGGUCCUGAUGUUCGUGUGCAUAGGUUACAAGAUCCUGAAAGAGGUCAAGCAACUUUAAACGUCCCAUGUGAUGACUGA